AGUACACCCCCCCUCAUAAACAAGAGUGUGUUCGCUCUCCUAUGUCGCUGCCUUGAGUGCUUUCGCAACCCUUUACUUUCCUUUAUUUCCGUCGCACCUUGUGUGCUGAGAACCCUGUGUGCCAGGAUCUCUUGUUUUGAUCCCGACAUUGGUCACCCUGUCGCAGCUUCGCUCGGCACUGUGUCGUUGGAUUGGAUACACUCCAUUCUUUGUUAUCAAUCUCGAUUUUUUGUCACCCUCAUUAAAGGACUUUCGUUACAAUGGCGGUAGACACUGGCUACCUGACCACUCAGGUCAACAACAUCGUCGCCCAGCUCCAUGGGAUUUACGAUGAGAUUGGAGUUCCUGCGCGCGAGCGCGAGUCCCGUGAAGCGGAGCUCUUUAGCGCCCUGUCAGAGACUUUGAACAAUCACCUUAAGGUUGUUGAUGAGGAGAGAGAGGACAUGACGCAGGAAGCAGAACGUCUCAUCACAGCGAUUCAGCAAAUGGAAUCGUCCCUGAGCGAUGAACGGGCCAAUGGCCAAUAUGAGCUUAACCGCGACGACCUUCGUGUCACUUACCCACUUAACAAAUGUAUUGCAUUCUUGCGCGAGAAGAAUGAUGCGAUGAGCAAGCUGCACCGUGAGCGCUAUGAGCAGGUUAAGAAACUUGUGGACGCGCUUGAAUCUUACUCCUCACACCUCGAGCCAUCCUUUGUUAAGCUCGAGCUUCCUCCCACUGCGCCAGGGUCCUCAAUUCCCCCAAGCUUCGACCUUUCGCCUUUGUAUGUGACGGCGUUGGAUGCCGAAUUUACCCACGUCUACGAAGAGUACCACCGCCGCAUUGCCCAGGUUCAAUCUGCCUGCGAAGAAAUGAUUAAGCUCUGGGCCGAGCUCGGAACACCCCAGGCGCAAACAGAUUCCACUAUCGUGAAGUGUUAUCGUGAAUCCCCUGAGCAACUGGGGCUGCAUGAAGAUGAUGUCGCCAACCUCAUGGCCAAGCGCAAUAAAUUGGUGGAAGAAAAGAAGGGCCGCGAGCGCAAGAUCAACGACCUCCGAAGUACUGUGAUUUCUCUUUGGGAUCGCUUUGGUGUUGAGGAGGCUGAUCGUAAAGCUUUCCUGGCUGCAAACCGUGGCUGCGGUUUGCGCACAAUAAACGACCUGGAAGAGGAAUUGACUCGCCUCAACGAACUUAAGAGACAGAACCUUCACCUAUUUGUGGAGGAUGCUCGCUGCCGAUUGCAGGAACUUUGGGACGCCCUCUUCUUCUCCGAAGAGGAAAUGCUCGAUUUCACACCUGCAUUCUCCGAUGUGUGUAGUGAUGCUUUGCUCGAGGCCCAUGAGGCCGAAAUCACACGACUGGAGGCUAUCAAGGAACAGCGCGCUCCUACUCUCGAAAUGAUUGAAAGACACCGCACUCUUCUGACAGACCGCGAGGCACUUGCAACAUCAAGCCAAGAUGCAUCUCGCCUGAUGGGCCGCGGGAAUAAGGGAGAGAAGCGUGACCCUGGAAAGCUUUUGAGAGAGGAGAAGCUGCGCAAGAGAAUUGCCAAAGAAUUACCGAAACUCGAAGCUGACCUGCGGAAAGAGUUGGAACACUGGGAAGACGAAUUCGGCCGACCAUUCCUAGUGCACGGAGAGCGAUAUCUCGAUGCGUUGACACCUGUCAAGUCAAUGCUUCCACCACGCUCAAAAACACCAUCUGGAGCCACCUCAAGAGCCGGUGCAACAUCCCCUUCAAAGCUUCCCGCCCGUGUCCCGCUGGGAAACAUGCCGCAUGGAAACAACUCCCCUGAGCGUCGUAUGCAACCCGGCGCUUACUCGUCUAGCACACUUAAUGGCAAGAUGCCGCCCCCGCGUGGACCUCCCCCACGGAUGCGUGCGUUAACGGUCGAGUCAAGGGAAGACCGCUUCAGUCACCUUAUGGAGCCGCCUCGCUGCAACAGCGCUAUGUCUAGUGCCUAUGUGCGGCCAGUUAGCCCGGAAGACGUCUAUGAUGACCGGCAGCGGUCCUUCAUGAGCGCGUCAGGAUUCUCGAACUCACAAAGAUCCACUGGAUUCUCUCAUUCAUCUCACUCCUCACAGUCUUCACUGUCUCUGAACUCCUCUAGCCAAGCCUUCCCUCGACCCAACCCCUACCUGCAGCAUGCAGCCCCUCCUCCAGCUGCCCGCCAGGUCUCCAAUUCCUCUACAGUCAACACUGCAACCUCUGGAUCUGAAAACUGGGAGACUUUCGAGGACGGCUCGGGGUCAGAAGCCGAUCCUAGUGAUAUUUACUAUUCUAAACUGCGUGCUGCACACGGAGGAAAGCGAUUUGCACCCGAGGAUGGAGCGGAUCUCACUGGCAAGAAGGCCAAGGGUAUCCGCAGUGUCAGUCCCGAUGGUCCGCAUCCCGGGCAGGUCCUGCGCGUUGCUGGCAGUGACAAUGAGUGGGCCGAUGACUAUGAAACCUACUAG